AAAUCGCUGAUUGUGAAGGGAAAGCCUAGGUUUGCCGAUUUCGGAUUGCUUCCGCCGGAUUGGGGCGCGCGCGUGGACGCGUGGGUUGCCGCCUUUUCCCAGCCGUACGGUGCACUGGAGAAACUGUACCUGAAACGCAUGGUUAUCCUGGACGAAGAUAUGCAGGCUCUGGCCGAGGCUUUCCCGAAUCUGGAGGAGCUGGUUGUGGUCUGUUGCGAAGGAUUCGGGACCAUGGGACUUGCCUUCGUCGCGGGGGAGUGCAGGAAAUUGAGGGUGCUCGAACUGAUGGAGUGUGAUAUCGAUGACGAUGAAAUGGACUGGAUUUCAUGCUUCCCAGGAGGUGAAACAUGCCUUGAGUCUUUGGCCUUUGAUUGUGUGAUAAAUGAUGUGAAUUAUAAUGCAUUGGAAAGGUUGGUGAUGAGGUCUCCUUAUUUGAAGAAACUUAAGUUGAACCAGGUUGCUUCUCUUGGACAGCUUUACAGGCUGAUGAUUAGGGCCCCACAGCUUACACAUCUGGGGACUGGAUCAUUUAGGCCCUCAGAAGAAGGUGAUGGUGAACAAGAAGAAGAACUUAACUAUGCUUCUGCUUUUGCUGCCUGCAAAUCAUUAGUGUCUCUGUCUGGGUUCAGGGAAAUACAUCCUGAUUAUCUUCCUUCCAUAUACCCCAUUUGUGCCAACCUUACUACUCUUAAUUUCAGUUUUGCCGACAUCAAUGCUGAGCAACUCAAAGCAGUCAUUUGCCACUGCCACAAGCUGCAGGUUUUAUGGGUGCUUGAUUCAGUAUGUGAUGAAGGCCUCAAGGCAGUAGCUGAAACAUGUAAGGAUCUAAGAGAGCUUCGGGUUUUCCCUCGUAAUGCUGAUGAAGACGCAGAUGGCCCCGUUUCUGAAAUCGGUUUGGUUGCAGUUUCAGAGGGUUGCAAGAAACUUAAUUACAUAUUAUAUUUUUGCCAGAGAAUGACCAAUGCGGCUCUCCUGACCUUUUCACAGAACUUACCAGAUGUUGUGGUGUUCCGUCUCUGCAUAAUGGGCCGGCACAGACCCGACCCGCUAACAGGAGAGCCAAUGGAUGAAGGGUUUGGAGCCAUUGUCAGGAACUGUAAGAGUCUCACCCGCCUCUCUGUAUCCGGUCUACUGACCGACCAAGUUUUUAGUUACAUUGGGGAAUAUGCUAAAUUGGUGCGGACACUGUCAAUCGCGUUCGCUGGGGAUAGUGACUUGGGGCUGAAAUACGUGCUGGAGGGCUGCCUGAAGUUGCAAAAGCUUGAGGUAAGGGAUUGCCCGUUUGGGGACUUGGCUGCCCGUGCUGGUUUGCAUCACUAUUACAACAUGAGGUUCAUUUGGUUGUCUUCUUGCCGAGUGUCACGUGAAUGCUGUGAGGAGAUUGCACGGGAGUUGCCGCACUUGAUGGUGGAAGUGAUUGACUGGAAUGAGUUGGGGAGUAAUGAGAAUGAUUAUGAUGUUUUGUACAUGUACCGGUCUGUUAACAAUGAACCAAGAACUGAUGCCUCAAGGUUUGUUCAAAUCUAUUGAUAUUAGGAAAGAUGCAGAGGAAGGUGUCAUUGCGGUAUAGUGUUUUUUUCCUGCAAGUUCUUGGACCAGGUUUAAUAUUGGCGAUCUUUUUGUGAUCUGUUUCUUCAUUGAGGAUGUUCAUUUUGUCUUAAAGAUAAAAAGAAGCCAUAGCAUUGCAAGGUGUAAGAUGGAGUCCUACAGAAAUGCAGAUUGAGAAAGAUCAUGAUGAUUUGGGUAGACUUCCCAUCUGUUUGCAUAAUUCCCAUUUCAUUACUGAGUUUUUACUUGUUUUUAUGUUUUUCAGUUUACACUUUUAGACUUGCUUAUUUUUCUUUCGAUGUGUUGUUUCGUUUGCACCUGGCUGCUGAAUUUUUUACAGUUCCUUUUUUGGACAUUUCAUUUCACUAAUGAUAUGCAUGGUAAGCAUUGUUGAUCUGGU